AUGUCACGCAACGAACCAGACCUGGAUCCGCUCCCGGACGAGCCUCCGCCGCCUUACGAGCCGCUCGAGGCAUCAGCACACGCCGCGCCAUCUUCGGCCCCGCCCACGUCCAGCGCGGCCACCAGCUCGGCAGUCACAACGCCCUCCAAUGGAUUCAGCACAGGCGCGGGUGCUGCCAGCGUAGUGUCGCCGCAAAACACGUCGAAUGCCGCAAGUGCGUCGCACAAUCCAUUCCUCGCCCCGGAGGAGCAGAGGCCCAGCGUUCACGCCGCUUCUUCCGCGACGGCUAGCUUGGCGCAGCAAACACCCAGCACCAAUCCUUUCUUGAACGCGGUGUCGCCGCAGCCUACUGGCGGAGCAGCGUCAGCUAAUACAACCGCUUCGUCAACACCCGCACUUCCGCCGCGGACUUAUGCUGCGCCGAGCACGACAUCGCCUCCAGUGACGCCGAGUAUGGCCGAGCCAAGCCGACCGAGUAUCGAAUCGCAUCACUCGCGACAUUCGCGGCAUUCAUCCAACGCAGCCCCGCUGUCGCCUCCGCUCACCUCGCCGUCGGUGUACACGCCGCCUACGGGUCCUCCACCACCCUCCUCGUCUUCGUCCAGCCAGCGGCCGAGCAGUGUGCGUCCGAACGACUCGUAUCGCCCCACGACGGUGCCGACUCCCGGGCAGCCGCUGCUGCGCAAAGGCAAGCUGCUCGUGUAUCCGCGCAACUGGCCUGGAUGUCCCAAGUGCCACGACACUGGAUACAAGCACGGCGACCCGAACAAUGCGCACAAGAGCUGCUGGGACAAGUACGGCAAGACGUACACCUCGGCCAUGAGUUACUCGGUGGGCCUCAACGACGCGACGAGCAAUUUUCAGAAGCCUCUGCCCGUGCUUGCUGGACCAUCCGGUAUGCCGCCACGGCCGAGCCAUGGGCAUGUGCCCGGAGGAUACCCGGGUGCGGGUGGUCGACCUCCGCCACCCGCGCAAGCGUACGGUGGGUAUGGAGGGUACGCUCCACCCUCGCAUGCACCCGGACCUGUAUCAACAGCAGCGGCGAGGCCACCGCGAACGCCUACUACGCCGACGGUGGAUGCCGAGACGGAGGGAGGGCGCAUGUCGGAUGUACCGCCCAACUACCAGGAUGCGAGCAAUGUAUCGUCCAACGAGCGCCUGCCGUCGCAGUACGUGCCUCCACCCAUGCCACCCCCGGGUCAUCCAGGGUCUCCGCCCCAGCCUCGUCCUCCACACGGCCCACCGCAUGGUGCUCCGGGUGGGUACGGGUACGGCGCACAUGCCGGGCCGCCUGGAGGAUUCGUAGGUGGGUUUGGACCCAACCCCGGCGGUCCCAAUCCCUACGUGUCGGUGCAGCCUGCGCAGGCGUUUUAUGGAGCGCGGCCUCCACCGCCUGGAGCGCUGGUGGUGAUGCCGGGCGACCCGCGCAUCGGCGGCCGCCUGUGCUUCGAGUGCGGAGGCCGAGGCAUGACGGAAAGCUUCUGGUUCGGAGACGAAACGUGCUACCGCUGCAGAGGCUCGGGUCGCAUCUUCUAA